AUGGCUGCCCUGCUCGCAGCGGGCAGCAGCGCCGCCGAAGCAGCAGCAGGCCGAGCCGCUGCCGCGGCGGUCGCCGUGGCGCCGCCGCGCCCCGUCAUGCUCAUAUUGGUGGGCAUCCCUGGGGCCGGGAAGUCCACGUUCGCGCAGUCCCUGGUGCAGCGCUCGCGCGCGCCUGGCAGCAGCACCGGGAUGCGCUGGGUCUCGGUCAAUCAGGACACGGCGGCGAAGGGCGGCGGGCGCGGCUCGCGCGAGCAGUGCAUCGGCGCGGCGGCGGCGGCGCUGACAGCGGGCGCGUCCGUCGUGGUCGACCGGCACCGCGGCGAUCAGGUCAUCCUUCAUGUGGAUGACGAUCUGGUGGCGAUCAGAGACAAGUACCCCAAGGCCAGAUCUCACCUGCUGGUCAUCUCCAGGGAGGAGGAUCUAGACAGCGUGUCGCACCUGGCGCCCCGCCACCUCCCGCUGCUGGGGCGCAUGCGGGCGCUGGCGCUGGACCUGGUGCGGCGGGAGCAGCAACGGCGGCAGGACCAGCAGCAGCAGCAGGAGCAGCAGCAGCAGCAGCAGGAGCAGCAGCAGGAACAUGAACAGGAGCAGCAGGGACAUGAGCAGCGGCGCGAGCAGGCCCAGGAGGCUGCGGGAGCAGAGACCGAGCCGGCCCCCAUCCCCAGCGGCUGGGCGCUGGGCUUCCACAGCGUGCCUUCACUUCUGCGACUGCACCUGCACGUCAUCAGCACAGACAUGGACUCACCGGCCCUCAAGAAUAAGAAGCACUGGAACUCCUUCUGCACCCCCUUCUUCCUGCCUAUUGACGCGGCCAUGCGCCAGCUGGAGGGCGACGGCCGCGUAGCGGUGGACGCGGAAGCGGCCGAGGCGCUGCUGAAGGGCCCGCUGCGCUGCAACCGCUGCGGCGCGGCCGCGACCAACAUGCCCGCGCUCAAGGCGCACAUCUCCGCCUGCGCAGCCCCGCUGCCGUGA